UAAAGUGAAAAAAUUAAAUCAGGGAAAGAUUAGACCUUUACUCAGACCAAUAAAUAAAUAUUUAUAGUGCCAGUUGUUUGUCAACAUGUUACGCCAUUCCCAUCUCAUUAAUCAAUAGGCAGGCAUAGCCUAACCACCAACUCUUUACUUCCCAUGUCCCACUGCGCCACCGUGUGGCCACAUACCCUCCCUACAGCACCCGCUGUGUACAAGUAGUUUGCGACGUAGCGCAGGCGUCUCACUGUCAAUGAAAGAGGCUCACUCACGGCAUACCAGACUUGAGUACAGUGGGAAACCCAGCAUACACAGACACCAAUUUAACUACGAAGAGAGCCGAACGGAGAUACAUUUACAAUUUAAAAGGGUUCGAUUUGAGAGGCUUUGCAACUCAGGAUGGCUACCGAGACAGCCUCUGUUCUUCUGUCCCCCAUCAAAACGUGCUUUCUUCUACUUUUGGGUGGUUUGAUGUCCAAAGCUGCGCAGGAGCAGCAGGGAAGUUUGUACAUGUGGAUUGAUGCCAACCAAGCCAGAAUCCUAAUUGGUUUCGAGGAGAACAUCUUGAUCGUGUCAGAGGGAAAGAUGGCUCCAUUCACAACGGACUUCAGAAAGGCCCAGCAGAGGAUGCCUGCGAUACCUGUCAAUAUCCAGAAGGUCAACUUCACCUGGCAAGCUACUGAACAGGCAGAGUACUUCUAUGAGUUCCAGACACUGCGUUCCAUGGAUGUGGAUAUCAUGGACAACCCCACGGUCAACGUUCCUCUCCUGGGCUCUGUACCACGUAAGCCCUCAGUGGUGCAGGUGGGCUUCCCGUGUUUAGGAGACCAGGAUGGCGUAGCGGCGUUCGAGGUCACCAUACUGGUCAUGGACGCCGGUGGGAACAUCAUCCUGAGGACACCUCACAACGCCAUCUUCUUCAAGACCUGCCAGAGAGCUAAAUGUCCAGGUGGUUGUCGUAACGGUGGGUUCUGCAACGAGAGACAGGUGUGUGAGUGUCAGGAUGGUUUCUACGGGCCGCACUGUGAGAAAGCCCUCUGCUCUCCCAGGUGUCUGAAUGGUGGACUGUGUAUGAGUCCAGGGAUGUGCAUCUGCCCACCUGGUUACUAUGGAGACAGCUGUGACAAAGCUAACUGCAGCAUCACAUGUUUAAACGGAGGGACGUGCUUCCACCCAGGGAAGUGUAUCUGUCCUGCAGGCUACGAGGGACCACACUGUGGGAUCAGUAAAUGUCUCCAGGCCUGCAGGAACGGAGGAAAAUGCACUGGGAAAAACAAAUGCAAAUGUGACAAGGGUUUCCACGGCGACCUGUGUUCCAAGGGUAAGUCUAACCCCACCCCGGACACGGCUCCCGCCUCGGGAUGA